AUGACAGCCAACAACAACAAACUCGAUAUUGCCGAUAAGGUCUGUUACUUCGCCUAUGGUUCUAACAUGAGAUCCUCGGUUAUGGAACGACGAGGAAUGAAAUUGUUUGCAGUCAAGCGACUUGUCGUGCACUCACACGUCCUGACUUUCGACAUCUUCGGUGUCCCGUAUAACGAGCCGGCCAUGGCGAGCAUAGCUGAACGGGGAGCAGUCGCGGAGUUUGACCGAGGAACGGAGUCUCCUCCGGCGGUGCACGGCGUUGGCUACGUUCUGUCGGCGGGCGACUUCGAAAAGUUGCUUAUCUCCGAGGGGGCCGGAACGGCUUACUUGGAGGUCGAAUUGGAAGCGCAUCUACUCGCCGGUGAUGGGGAAGGAGCAGAUGAAAGCACCGAUCCGAUUCCAGUCCGCACGCUAGUCGGGCGGUAUCCCUUCCGGCCGAACGCCUUACCAAGUCAGCGCUACCUACGGCUCCUAAUCGAUGGGGCUGAAGAACACAAGCUGCCGCAAUCAUAUCAGAGAUACUUAGCGACCCUGCCAAGCUAUGCCAAAAGCCUAUCCAAGGUGGAGAGUUUUGGGGCACGUCUCUUUUUGGGCUUCUGGAUGCCGGUCAUUGUUUGGACAAUGACGCGCAUCAAGACGGGCGCGCGUAGUACCGGGUCGGACCGUUCCAAUGGUUCAGGUUUAGUGGUGUGGCUUUUGUUCAAUGCCGUGUGGUUGCAUUACGAUUUUUUCCACUGUUGGAUUUGGGGCCACGGAGGUGGCAGGCGGUGAUGACAAUGAGAUGCGCCACUGUAUUUAGCCGUACGGAACGACGCAGCGAGGACCAAUAUAGUACUGGAAAGGUUCUGAACCAUAUUCGAUCUGCAAACACGUAACGCAACCCUUUGACUGUGUUUCAUGUGUCUUGAAGAAUGGAGAAUCCGUCUGAAAGCGCCCGAGCGCGAGCACUCGAGCUCCUUGAGCAAGUCCCACUCAUUGGUAAGAUCAGUUUAUUUUCAUUUACCGAUGCAAUAGCCCAAGCUGUCCAGAUGAUGUUCCCAUUAUGUGUAGGCAUCGCUUAUCCGCAUCGCAGAUGGUCACAAUGACUUCGCAU